CUCAUUGAAAAAGUCGAAAAUACUGUGUGGGUUAAAUAAAAAAAGAACGUCGCCAACCACGCAGUCGGAGCAACGGGUCGCAAAUAGUUAUGAUUUCGGGUAGUUGCGGAUUACGCUAGCCAACGGGAUUACAUGUCGCGAACGCGGGGGAAAUCGGGCUAGAGGAAAAUAACUCGCAGGGCCCACAAUCACCACUACUACUACGCAGAGGGAGCAACAACAACAACACCAGCAGCAGCGAGAAGCAGAGGCAGCAGCGGCAGAGGCAGAGGGGCAGCGCAGCGGCAGAGAGAAAAGAUGGCGACGAGAGGCACUGGGACUCGUGUGCAAUCGCAGCCAAAGAUUUUCCCCUCGCUGUUUUCCAAGCUGCACGGCGCCAUCUCGGAGGCGUGCGUCUCCCAGCGCCUGUCCACCGACAAGAAGACGCUGGAGAAGACGUGGAAGCUGAUGGACAAGGUGGUCAAGCUGUGCCAGCAGCCCAAAAUGAAUCUGAAGAACUCGCCGCCGUUCAUACUGGACAUCCUGCCGGACACGUACCAGCGGCUGCGGUUGAUCUACUCAAAGAACGAGGACCAGAUGCACCUGCUCCACGCCAACGAGCACUUCAACGUGUUCAUCAACAAUCUGAUGCGCAAGUGCAAGCAGGCCAUCAAGCUCUUCAAGGAGGGCAAGGAGAAGAUGUUCGACGAGAACUCCCACUACCGUCGCAAUCUCACCAAGCUCAGCCUGGUCUUCUCGCACAUGCUCAGCGAGCUGAAGGCCAUCUUCCCGAACGGUGUCUUUGCCGGCGAUCAAUUCCGGAUUACAAAGGCGGAUGCGGCCGACUUCUGGAAGAGCAACUUUGGUAACAGCACAUUGGUUCCGUGGAAGAUCUUCCGGCAGGAACUCAACAAAGUCCACCCGAUAUCCUCGGGCUUGGAGGCAAUGGCCUUGAAGACCACCAUCGAUCUAACCUGCAACGAUUUCAUCUCGAAUUUCGAAUUUGACGUGUUCACACGACUCUUCCAGCCCUGGGUAACGCUGUUGCGCAACUGGCAAAUCCUGGCCGUCACCCAUCCGGGCUAUGUGGCCUUCCUCACAUACGACGAGGUGAAGGCGCGCCUGCAGCGUUACAUCGGCAAGGCGGGCAGCUAUGUAUUUCGGCUCUCCUGCACAAGAUUGGGCCAGUGGGCCAUAGGCUAUGUGACUGCCGAGGGUGAAAUACUGCAGACGAUUCCACAGAACAAAUCCCUAUGCCAGGCUCUGCUCGAUGGCCACCGCGAGGGCUUUUACUUGUAUCCAGAUGGCCAAGCCUAUAAUCCGGAUCUUUCGUCGGCCGUUCAAAGUCCCACCGAGGACCACAUAACCGUAACCCAAGAGCAAUACGAACUAUACUGUGAAAUGGGCAGCACCUUCCAGCUGUGCAAGAUCUGUGCGGAGAACGACAAGGAUAUUCGCAUUGAGCCCUGCGGCCAUUUGCUGUGCACGCCCUGCCUCACCUCCUGGCAGGUGGAUUCCGAGGGACAAGGCUGUCCCUUUUGCCGGGCCGAGAUCAAGGGCACCGAACAGAUCGUUGUGGACGCCUUUGAUCCCCGCAAGCAGCACAACCGGAAUGUCACCAAUGGGCGACAGCAGCAGCAACUGGACGACGACGACACUGAGGAUAUGGGCGACUUCAACAUUGCCACCUCAUCGCUGCACGCACUCAGCACAUCUUCAACGGCGACGGCGGCGGCCGAGAAGCAUAGUCCGCACACAUCGCCGCGAUUGGGACGACGGAGCACCACGCCCAGCUUGAUGGCCGUGCAGAACGAUCUCUAUGCGGGCGGGACACCAACUCUCAGCCUGCCCAGCAGUUCUGUUGCCGCCGCCUCAUCUUCAUCCUCGACGUCGUCCUCCUCCUCCUCCUCCACUUCAGCAGCAGCAGCAGCAGCAACCACAUCCUCCUCCCAGCAGCAACAGCAACCACAGCCCUCGGCUCCUCCAGCUUCAGCUGUCCUGAGCAACGGAGGAGGAGGAGGAUCUGGAGCAGGGGGAAGCGGGAUCAGCGCCAGCCAGAAGACCACCAAUCGGAUGAGUGCUCCCCUAAUCGGAUCCUGUGUGACCAAUUCCACCUACGGUCAUAAAUUGCCGCAAAACUCCAGCAGCAUCACCAGCAACGCCAGCGACAAUGCCUCCAGCUCAAGCUCAUAUGCCAUAUUGCAGAACCUGCAGGAGAGUGGAACGCAGGCAGCUGGAGCAGGAGGGUCUGCGACGGCAGCAGCGUCAGCAUCGGGAGCAGUGGCUCCUCCGCUGCCGCCCAGGAAAUCAUCACCUGGCGUGGAGACGCCCAGCAAGGCCACAGCACCGCCGCCACCGCCGCCUAGCAGCAGCAAGAGCAUCGACAACAUUCAGUGCAGCUUGGACAAUGUGCCACCCCAGACGACAGCGCCACCGAUUCCGCCACAUGUCUCGCCCAGCGUGGACACCUUGGCCGAGGAUCUGAUGCGACAGCAGCGCAUAGCCACCAGUACCACAUCGCCGGUGCUCUCCCUGCUCGAUGAGGACAUUGUGGAGGUGGGUCCGGCGGAAACAAUUAGCGGUGUGAUCGAUACCCGCCCCCUGGAGGCGCGAGGUGUCACCCUGAGCCGACAGGAUUCGGCCACCUCGCACUACACGCAGCUGUGCACCACCAGCAGUGGUGGUGCCUCCGCAGCAGUGGCUGCUGCUGCUGCUCUGGCCAACGGGAAGAAGGCUACGCCGGCCAAGCAAAUCCAAACCACAACGACGACAACGCCGGCUACUAAGACGGGGUCGAUAACGGGCAAUGGAGGCAAUCCUCAGCAGCAACAGCAACAGCCACAGCAAUCCCAGCAGCCACUGCUCUAUGCGAACGUGACGAUCAAUCAAAAAGACUGCGGCAAUGUGCCCUACGAGAACAUAAACCUGGAGUACAUAGCCAGGCUGAUGAAUGCCGGCUACUCCAAGGAGAAUGCAAUUACCGCGUUGGGGAUCUCGCGGAACAACAUCGAGAUGGCCGGCGACAUCCUGCGCGAGUUUGUCUCCAAGAACAGCGCCUGAAGUGAUUGUUAGAUGGGAGGAAAAAGCAAAAAGCAACCAAAAUCUACGCAAACGAACUUCUCUAACUCGAAACAAUAUUGUUAAAUUAAUUAUUUAAUUUUAUUUAUGGAAUAUCA